AUGAGUCUUUUGGCGCCCAAGCGCCGGACACUGUUCCAGACGCUCUUGUUUUUAUGUAGUCCUUUCGUUGCUGCAGUCAACUACGGCGAGAACCACGCCCCGGUCGAGAAAGAUGAGGAACUUGUAGCAGCAAAUUUUCCUAACACUAACGAGACGCUGUUCUCACCGGCCUUUGCGGACCCAGGGAGCGUCUUGCCGGGGUUCGCUAAUGGUACAGAUGGCCCGACUGAUGAUGCGACACUUGUAGACCUAUUUCUUCGCUCGAUAGCGGAGCGGAAUGACUGGGUGCAAUAUAAGGUUGCAGACUUCACCUCCGAGGAAGGGCGUGCGUUCCCCUACGUGGUCCUCUCAAGUCCAUCCUCGCAGGGAACUAAGCAGCCAAAACUCCGAGUCUGGAUUCAGGGUGGUGUGCAUGGAAAUGAGCCUGCGGGAGACCAAGCAGUACUUGCGUUACUGGGUAAGCUGGACGCAGAUGACAGCUGGAGGGAACGCCUGCUUGAGCGUCUGGAUAUCACAUUACUACCUCGGUAUAACCCAGACGGAGUUGCAUACUUCCAGCGCGCUCUGGCAAGCAACUUGGAUCCGAAUCGCGAGCAUACGAAGCUUUUCCGAGAAAUAUCCAGGGGGCAUAAACGUCUCCUUAGUUCCUUUGCGCCGCACAUCACGGUCGACAUGCACGAGUUCACGGGGACCCGACCCUCCGGCAGCGGCGGGAUAUACAAGCACGGGAUGGACGCGCUGAUCGCCGCGGGUAAGAAUCUCAACACUCACCCCGACAUUCGGAACAUCUCGGAGGUGCUCUUCUCGGCAGGCGUCGGGAAGCGUCUGGUGCAGAAGGGAUUCCGUUGGGAACCGUAUUUCACGGGGGCGUCCGCGGGAUCGGAUAUCGUGCUCGACGAGGCGGGGAGCGAUGCGAAGAGCGGGAGGAAUAAUUACGCGCUGGCGCAGAGCGUGACGAUUCUGUGCGAAGUCAGGGGGAUUAGGCUUGCGGAUCAGCAUUUUCAGAGGAGGGUUGCUACGGCGCUGAGUAUGGUUGGGGGGAUUUUGGAUAUUGCGGUGGAGAAUUUCGAGGAGGUUUAUCAGACGGUCGAGAGUGCCAUUGACAAGUUCAUCCAUAGCGAUGAUCCUAUCGUACUAACAGACUACCCUAACCCGACGAACCGUAACAUCACAUUCAUCAACCGCACCAACGGGCAGCUCACUCAAGUCCCCGUGACUUUCCUCAGCACAACACCCACAACCGCAAACCAAACACGCGCCCGUCCCGAAGCAUACCUAAUCCCACGGACAUGGUCCGAACUAGCAUCCCGCCUACGCGACUCCGGCGUCGCCGUCGAGACCCUAAAAGAUGGAUACCGCGGCCCGGCCGAAGCGCUCACGAUCACAUCGGCAUCAGUCGCAAGGGGGUACUACGAGGGCGCGGUACAAGUCACGGUGGCGACGAAGCCCGUGCCGAAGGGGGAGCUUGUGCUUCCGCCGGGAAGCUUCAGGGUUAGUACCAGGCAGAAGAACGCCGCGCUGGCGUUUGUUGCGCUCGAGCCGGAGAAUGUUGAUUCGUAUGUGCGGUUUAAUCUUGUGCCGGUGCAGGUGGGGGAUGAGUAUCCGAUUUUUAGGAUUCCGAGGGGAAGUUGA